GAUGCCGAGUUCUGACUGGGAAUGCAGAGUUGUAUGAGCGUUCAAAACGAUUUUUCCCAGAUUUUCGAGUUCCCAGUUGUUAUGAACGCGGCAGAUGUACUUACUGUAACUGCGAGUCAUUUUCUGAUUGCGUCACCAGAAAGCGUCAUUUUCUCAAAAACCGUUUGGUUUAUUGUGUGUAUUUAAGGUGGAUGUGCCCCGGCUGCCAUCGACCCUCAAAAUGACCAAAUUACAGUUUCUAAAUGUAUUUUUGACAGAACGGUUGAUGUUAGCCGCCCAAGAGAUAUAUAAGCAAGUGGAAGAGACAAUAUUAGAAUACCAAGAAGAAAUAAUCCAGGGAAAGAGAGAGAAUGAUCAACUGAGACGCAAGCUUGGGAUUCCAUGGCCAGACCGAGAGCCCUCUGCUCCUGUAGAAUCCGAGGAGCAGGGAGACAUUGGGCAAAAGCAGGAACCAGAGCCCAGGCAGACUAUGGAGAAACAGGAGGGAAGGACCAGGAAGGAGGAAAAUCAGUUUAGAGGACCGGACUCUCAGUCUAGAUUCACUCCGUCCAAUGGAAACGAUGACUAUGAUCAGAACCCACCUCAACCCACCUCACUCAGUGAGUUCCAAACUCACACUGGGGAGAGUAGAGAGGGAGGCUCUCUAUCCAGCUCAUCAAUAUCCAAACCAAUCAAAACAGAGACUGAAGGACUGGGUGUUUGUCCUUUUGAUCCGUCAAGUGACCCAAAUGCAUUCUCUUCAGUGAACCUUGACCUUUCGGCAGCACAGAGUGAGAACAGUGACUAUGAGAACACGGAUGACUUCUGGUGCUGUGCGGUGUGGAGGGAAGGCCAGGAGGAGGUGGAGGGUGUGGUUCCCAGUACCUGGGUGGUGGGCAGGAAGGUCCUGUGGCCUCCAGCCAAUGGCAGGAAAGCUCUGAAAGAGAGACACAAGCCAGGAGCCAAUUGGAUGACAUAUGACCUUGUUAAGGUCAAACUAUUCUCAGAAUCUCUGGAAGAGUGCGAAGGCUACAGUAGGUCCAGUGAUGAGCUCACUGACAAUGGCGACAGUGAGCCCAACACGCAGAAGAAGAUGAGGAGGAGGAGGAAGAGGAGGACGGGUGAGGGACACGUUUCCGCUCAGUGCACUGAGCAGAUACCUCAAGGAGGACCCAGUGGAGAUGGAAGGACACACACAGGUGUGUCAGGAUCAUCAAACUCUCCUCCUCUGAAGAGGAGAGUGAUGACGAAACCUGGAACCCUGGAGGACAGUUCUGGAGCUCUAGAAGCAGAACCGCAGCUGGAUCCAUCUGAGCUCAGAGGCCUUGAUGACUCACUCAACAAGGAGAGCUACCUCAUAGAGGGACCACACUCUUCUGACGCAUGGGACGCUGUUUUUCCAACCUCACAGUCCAGGGAGGGAGCAUUCCUAAGUGGACAGGAUAUGAUGGGAAACCUGCUGAAUUCAACCCAAAGUUUUCCUCUUCCAAAUGACCAGUUCCAGGAGCAGGUCUUGGGUCUGCUGGUGGACAUCAGACAGUCAGUGUGGGAUCUAGGAGGAAGGGUGGGAGUUCUAGAACACUGGGGUGGUUCUAGGGGUUCUGGAACAGAUUUCCAUUUUGACGUGUGCGGAAGCUACGAGGACAUGGCCAACCUGGAGAAAGUUCUAGAGCCUCCGGAGGUAGCUGCCCAGAUGAAACAGUUCCUGAGCAGGAUCGGUGGGAACACCUUGAGGGAAAAUGUCACCAGGGUGAUGGAGAGGCUGAUGACCAACGAAUUGAUGAGUACCUUCAACAUGAAAGGAAGGAAAGGGACCAAGAAGAGUUUUCUCACACACUCCCUUAGCAAAAUCAUUAUUGACAGCAUCAUGAUCACCCACCCGUACGCCACAGAGUCUGCUGUGAUGCACCUGAUGGCCAACGUACUGAAGUAUGCCCCAGACCGACGCGGAGGAGGAGGCAGACCCCCCAGACAGUCACCCCAGGUCCCCCAUACCCAGAGACAGCAACACAUCCAACAACACAUCAACAUCAAACAGGAGCAAGACUAUUGAUGUCUGUACACCUUCCUUCUAGCCUGGGUACCAGUCUGUUUGUGCUGUUAUUCUACUCCUUGCCACUCAUUGUCAUGCCAAGGAGUGGGAUGAUAGCACAGACUGGUACCUAGGCU